AUGAAUUACUCGAGUACAAAGAGCGACGCGCCGAAUAUGCAAUCCUACUCUUCGCCGAACUCGCUCGCCGCUGAUGGCGCUGCUCCCUUCUACUCCGCAAAUAAUCAACACCAGAUGUCCAACCCGGAUGAGCUACAGCUUACCGCACAGCUCUCGCGUGGCCUCGCGCCAACCAUGAAUGCCGGCCCAGGUGGAAACAUGGGCGAAGACCAAGAAGUCACGGUACACGACGGCAUUCCACAGUUUGGCCAAGAGCAGGAGGACCAUCAUCAUCCCAUACAGCCCACCCAGAGACAACUCGACCAAUUGGUGGCACAGUAUCCCGGGACAGCUGGAUCUACGGCUCCAAGAAAAAGGUCAAAGGUUUCACGGGCUUGCGACGAAUGUCGGCGGAAGAAAAUACGAUGUGAUGCGACAGACGAAAGCGGUGCUCCAUGUACCAGCUGCAAGCGUGUGAACGCGGCUUGUCAAUUCAGUCGUGUGCCCAUGAAGAGGGGGCCAAGUAAAGGAUAUAUCAAGGAACUCGCUGAUCGACUGCACAAUCUGGAAGGGGCCAUCCAUGCAGGUGAAUCUCCUUCGGCAUCGUAUAUGAGCCAUCCAGAGAACUCUAUCCCGCGUCGAGCGUCCGAAGAAAUGUCACCACCACCACAUGGUGAUAUGACCAGUCGCAAGAGAACCUUUUCGAACAUGUCAGCUGACUUUGGUACCUCGUAUCAACUUCAACGGCCCACGAGUGGAUAUGAUCCCUCGCGACAGCACCAGGAUCCUUCAAAUGCAUUCAAUACUCCUCAGUCCGCUCCCGUUCCUCAUAUGUUUAGAGAUUCCAAUUAUACACCAAAUGGACUUCCUCCUUCACCUCACUGGAAGAAAGCUCCAGAUCAGGUUGCUCGUCAAAACAGUUCAUUUGAUGGUUUCCAAUCGGGUGACUUUGGUCAACUGGAGCAGAGUGCUGAUUGGGAUGAUAACAUCGUGAAUGGAUACUACAACACAAUACAUUCGGUCUUCCCAGUACUAGCGCAAUCCAAAGCGUCUUUGAAUACUCGAGUAUCUGCUUGCUCAAAUCAAUUGAAGAACGUCUUUUAUGACUCGUUACGCGCUGCGGUCGAGUCAUCCUCCAUGCCCACAAGUCAAUCAUCCGCCCAGUACCACCUCAAGCAGGCAACCCAACUAGUGGUAUCGAUGCAGCUCGAAAGUCCCACUUCUCGUCCAACAUCAUCCAACUUGGUAUAUCUUCAAACUCUAUUAUUCUUAACAAUCGCAAAUAUUAACAACGCUUUGAGAGGACCAAGUGGGUCAUCAAGGUCAAUAUGGUUGAGUACAGCAGUUUCAUUGGCUUAUGAAAUCAAAUUACAUAAGCGGAGUUUUCAACAGCAACCCUUGGCAGAUGAUCCUGAUUCCGAAGACAAUCUUUUCAGAAAGGUUUGGUGGAGUUUCGUCAUUCUUGAACGUUGGCAUAGCUCCAGCAUUUCAACGCCAUCCAUCAUUCCUGACGAGAGUCUCGUCUUGCACCCAGAAGAUCAAUUUCUGCUGGGUGAUCCUGUAUACCAUCUUGCCCGCCUCUCUAUUGUCUUAGGACACUUUCAAGCCGCAUCAUUUGCUUCAGAAGAUCUUCCAAUCCUCGGGGUAAAACCUUUGCAAAUAGUGAAUACCCUUUUAAGAGGCGAACUCGAACGCUGGCGAGAAUCACUACCUUCGACGGUCUAUCCACCAAAUAGUACGCCAACUGUUCUGAUGUGUUACUGGCAUUUGAGGAUUUUAUUGGAACUUCGACUUGCUGAAGUUGAUAGUUCCCAACUUCUGACAGCCGCCUCGAACAUUGCAAACCUCGCCACACAAACGACCACCAACAUUAACCCUCUUACCAAUUACUGUAUUGGGAUUGCAAGCUUAACUCUUGUUGAUUUAUUAGAUGAUGGAAAUACAAAGGAAUCAGCCGAUCUUGCCCUAAAGUCUUUGCUUGAAAGCAAUGCAAUAUUGCCAGGCUCUGAAGUCGCUGUACGGGAAAUGAUUGGUAAGAAACAGCGAUCUGGAGGAGAGAACACGACGGCAGAAACUGCCGAAUUAGGUCUGCGUCGCCUGGCUGACCUUGCGACUGCAGCCGAGCAAGGAGAUGAGAGCAUGGGUGAGCUUCAAAAUGAAAGCGACCAAGCUAAUGCAGUACUUUUGGGACAUCAAGAUCUAAAAGACGCUGUGAGCGAUGGAUAUCUCAAUGCACUUGGCCACCCAGCUUCGUAG